AUGGAUGAUCCACACAGUGAACAGCAGCGCAUACUGCGUCGCCACCAACGGGAGAAGAAGGAGCUGCAAGCCCAGAUCCAGAGCUUAAAAAACUCGGUCCCCAAGACCGACAAGAAGAAAAGAAAGCAGUUACUCCAAGAUGUGGCCCGCAUGGAGGCCGAGAUGGCACAGAGGCACCGGCAAGAGUUGGAGAAGUUCGAGGAUGAGAGGAGCUUUGAAGCUGUCAUCGAAGACCUGGCCAAGAUGGAUCUGGAAAACCAGCCUCCCCGCUCCCGCAAAGCCCAGAGAAAGCGUGAGAGAACGGAGGCGGAGCACCGGGGGAGCAACUUCCAGGCCGAGAUGGAGCACCUGGCCGGCUUCCGGCGUGAGGAGGAGGAGAAGCUCGCCGCCAUCUUGAAGGCCAGGGGUCUGGAGAUGAAACAGAUCCCAGCAGAUGGCCACUGCAUGUAUCGCGCCAUUCAAGACCAGCUGGCGUUCUCCAUGUCGGUGGAGACGCUGCGCUCCCGCGCCGCCAGCUACAUGCAAAAGCAGGUCGACGAGUUCCUGCCCUUCUUCGGCAACACCGAGACCGGCGACUCCUUCGGCUACGACGACUUCAUGAGCUACUGUGACAACGUCGCGCACUCUACCAUGUGGGGAGGCCAGCUGGAGCUUAGGGCCCUGUCACACGUCCUGAAGACCCCCAUCGAGGUGAUCCAGGCCGACUCGCCCACCGUGGUCAUCGGGGAGGAGUACACCAAGAAGCCGAUCAUCCUGGUCUACCUGCACUACGCCUGCAUCCUCGGCGAGCACUACAACUCCGUGAGGCCGGUCCAGGCCGAGGCUGCGGCCGCCGGGGCCACAUCGGCGCCCCCGCGUCUCCAGUAG